ACAGAAAAAAACAGCUAAACAAAGACGAAGCUGCUUCACAGAUCAGCAAAGACAGACUCGGUGGGAUACAACCCGCAGCUGCCGAUUCGGAAUAGUGAUGAGUCUUUUUUUUUAAAUUUGCUGAUAUUUGCCUAUGGAAGAAAAGCAAGACCCAAAGGUAGAAGUUCUUCUAAUUUUGGAUCACUGUCAUUUGACAGGAAAGCUAUCGAAGUAUCAAGGUCAUCUGAAGCUGUGGAUUAGACCAACACAAUGGAGGACCUAAGAUACAGGGGGAAGAAAAGAGAGGGAAGGCACAGGGACACAUGGGAUCCAUUCCAGCUGAACCCUGUGGGAGCAGAGAAGGAGGAAAAACAAAGGUGUUUCCUGUUGGCUCAGUACCUUGUGGCUGUUAUUGUGGGGGUGGCAGUUUUGGUCAGCGCUGUUGUUGCUAAGGGCUCCCUCUUGGUAUUAUCAACACUAGCCAGUCCAAAAUCAGGGCGUAACAGUCAAGAGCAACAGUUCUACAUGCUGAUGUUGGUGUUUUGCCUGGUCUUCCCCAACUUCUUGGUUUUUUUGAAGUCACUAUGGCACUGUGCCUUGAGGAAAUUUGUGGUCCCCAACAUGAAGACCAUGGGCUUUAUUUGUGCCAUUGAGUGUUUGGUGUCUCUCGGUACUUCAGUCCUGGUCCUAAUAGUUAUGCCUCAGUUUGACAUCCUGACGAAUCUCUUCAUCAGCGGAGGAGUCUGUAUUGUAUCUGCAGUGCUACAGAUACUGUACAGAUUACAAAGGGAAAGCUGGAAAAUUCUGUUCCCAAUCUGCUCCCUCCUUCUCACCAGUGCUGGUUACUGCCUCCUGGGAAUGGACUACUAUGUUCGUGAGUCAUCGAAGGUGGAUCGACAAAGCAAAGACUGCUUUUACUACGUGGGCGUAGGGAUUUUCUCUUCACUCCUCAUCUCUUUCUGCUGGUGGGAAAACACUAUGCAGGCUAAAAAUCGCAUGCAGAAAACACUGUCAGAGUUGGAAAGCUUCAAGGACUUUGUGUUUCUCAUCAGCAGCAUUUUGAGAGUACUGAUUAUAGGAGCUGUGUACCUGAUCUACUAUGCAGCUAUUCAAAAGUCUAUCAAGUGGUCUGAUUUUAACCUGGCGGGUAAAGAACAGAAACUCUUGCAAAUUGGCCUUGUGCUAUUAUUCUUACAGGCCUUCUGCUCAGCAGCCUGCCACUGGUUUGGCGUAGUUGCCUGUAAGAUCCACGCUGUCCGGAUGAGUUUUGCUCUGCCACUCUGUUGUACAGGCCCUACAGUGCUGUGUUUGGGAAUGGUACUUUUCAUGACACAGGCAAAAUAUUUGGAACACACAAAGUCAGUGAGCAUCUUAGAGUUCUGUGCAAAUUUGCAUUUGGUGAAGGACAAAAACACAACUAAUGUUGUUAUGUUUGAGAUGAGCCGGAGCAUCUGCAGGACUAUGCUCAACAGCUACUACUUCCAAUGGCCUUUUGUCAUGUUGGCACUGGAAGGAGUGUGCAUGUGGGCUGGCUUCGUCACAUGUACCUAUUAUGUGUGGAAGAUCAAGGUCCAGCGUAUAGAGAGAACAUCUCAGCUCUUUGUUCGUCGACUCUACGAAUCUGCCUUCAUCGACCUGUCUCUGCUACUCAACACUAAGAUGAAGCUACCUAAAGCCCAAACAAAUGAGAUCCAAGAUGAACUGCAAAGUGUUGUGAUCUACCUUUGCGCCACCAUGUGGCAUGAAACCUAUGAUGAGAUGCUGAAGAUUCUCACUUCCAUGUUCAGGCUGGAUCGUUAUCGAGGGGAUCCAAAGGAGGAACACAAGGACAGUUUUGACUUUGAAUGCCACAUCCUUGUAGAUGAUGCAUUUAUGACUGAGAAGGAGACACAGAAAAGGCUGGUCAAUGAAUAUGUCGAAGACUUAAUUCAUGUUGUAACAGAAGUUUACAGAGUGUUCACCAACAAAGAGCCUGAUGAUGUGUCGAUCAUUGAGACUCCCUAUGGUGGGAGGCUAAUGUUUGUCCUACCCGAGGGUAACAUGCUCUAUGUUCACCUCAAGGACAAACAACUCAUUCGCAAUAAAAAAAGAUGGUCUCAGAUAAUGUACAUGUACUAUCUGCUUGGCUGGAAAGGUUACAUUUCUAAGAACCCGCAGAAAAUGCCGCGCAUGGAUACCAGCAGAGAAAGUCUAAUCUCUAUGGACGGUGAGAUUUUCCUUUUGCCUCAGUUCGACAAUGACAACAAGAGACGAUUCAUUUCAGAUGACAACACAUAUAUCCUGGCUCUGGACGGAGACACGGACUUCCAUCCUAAGGCAGUGGUUCUGCUUGUGGACAGGCUGAGAAUGUAUUACAACGUCGGUGCCGCGUGUGGCAGAAUCCAUCCGACUGGUAUGGGUCCCAUGGUUUGGUACCAGAAGUUUGAAUACGCAGUGGGGCAUUGGCUACAGAAGACUGCCGAGCACGUGUUUGGCUCUGUGUUGUGCAGUCCUGGAUGCUUCAGUCUGUUUCGGGGGUCUGCGCUGAUGGAUGACAAUGUUUUAAAGAAGUACACAACAACUGCGACAAGAGGAUCGGAGUAUGUGCAGUAUGACCAAGGGGAGGAUCGUUGGUUGUGUACUUUGUUACUGCAACAAGGAUGGCGUGUGGAAUACAACGCUGCAUCAGAUGCAUACACCAACUCACCACAGGAAUUCAAAGAGUUUUACAACCAGAGGAGACGAUGGGGACCUUCUACACUGGCUAACACACUGGACCUUUUGCACAGCGGAUCAGAGACGGUGAAGAGAAAUCAGUCCAUCUCAGGGCUUUAUAUCUUCUACCAGAUGUUUACCGUUGGAUCCUCUAUUCUGGGACCUGCCUCUGUGACACUUAUGAUAGCAGGAGCUAUUCAGUUUAUUUUCAAAAUGGAUGGUGCGAUUUCCAUCAUUGUCUCAUGCGUCCCUCCAGUCUUCUACAUCAUCAUCUGCUUUGCAACUAAAGCAAAUACCCAAAUAACAAUCGCUGCCAUCAUGAGUGUUCUGUAUGCGUUCCUCAUGACUGCAUCCUUCUUCUCCAUCAUUGGUGACAUGGUGGUGCAGGGCACAUUCUUGACCCCAACUGGCGUGUUUUUGGUUUCAAUGGCUAUCAUGUACGUGGUGACGGCUCUACUACAUCCACAAGAAUGUGGGUUGAUUAUCUAUGGUCUGAUGUAUUUCAUCUGUAUCCCCAGUGGAUACCUCCUGCUGAUCAUCUACUCACUGGUUAACAUGAACAAUGUAUCCUGGGGCACAAGAGAAUCCAAGGAAGAAGGAGAAGAGAACAAACCUAAAAGCAUUGUGUGCGACAAAGACUGUAGACUCUGCUGCUGGGACAUGAAGAUACAGAUAACCAAUGAAGCAGAAAACGUCAUGCUUCAACAGAUUGUGGGUUUGGCCGGACAGAAAGCGCCUCUCCUUCAACUCACCAAACGUGAAACACAACCGCAGGCUGCCUCAAAUCCAGAGCCUCAAGCUAAACCUGAAACCAUCACAAAAAAAGAUGAAGUUAAAAAUCCUCCAGCUGACAUAAACAAAAAGGCAGCAUCAAAAGACCUGAAGUUUUCAACCACUCAUGAUGAUAAAGAUGAGGAAAGGAGCAUAACAUCUCAUUCAUCUGAUUCAUCUAACUCAUCUGAUGCAUCUCAUUCAUCUGAUGCAUCUGAUCAAGACGACGAUGACUUUAUGAACGGUGAUUUAGAGGAUAUGGAAGACAUUCCUGUCAAGGACUGGGUGGAGCCUGUAAAGACAGAGUUUUUGAAGAAGCUAACUUAUUUCAACAUGAAGAGAAAUCUACAAGCACAAAUACGAUACUCACUCCGCCACAAAAAUCAGGAUGAUGUAUGUGAAGACCUGGUGUUAAUGUUAACAGACACGCUCAAUAUUAAACUCAGCAAAGCAAAACCUGAGGAUAUUUUGGAACAAGCUGAGCUCGACGAGUUACAGCAUGAGCUAACAAAUCAGGCUCGACACAUCCUGAAGAAUAACAAAAUGAUGAAGUUAGAAAAGAGAGUGAAAAGAGCCAUAGAGAAAACCCUCAGUGCCCCACAAGUCCAAAGGCUGGAUGAGAGUGAGAAGGACUUCUGGGAUAAGCUGAUUGAACGAUAUUUGACGCCUAUCAGUGAUUCAAAGGAGCACAAGCAGAGAGUCAGCAAAGAACUGAAGUCGCUGCGAAACAAGGCAGUCUUCCUGUACUUCAUCAUCAAUGUGUUGUGGGUGGUAGCAACUUUUUUCCUGCAGCUCAUUGGAAAUGACAUCAUCAGCAUCAGGAUUCCCAAAUAUUCCCCAGAUGGAAAUUUAACAGGAGUGCUUAAGGUGGAGCCUCUCAGUUUGAUGUUCCUGUUUUCCUUUGCCAUUCUUCUUCUCGUCCAGUUUAUAGCCAUGUUGUAUCACAGGGUCUACACUCUGAUCCACGUGGUGUCCUACCGUGGCACAGAGAAGAACUACAAAGAGAGAGAUCUGGAGGAUGAAGAGGAGGACCCCACUAUCGAGAACCAAUAUGCCAUUUCAAUUAGCAGUGAGGACUUCCAGCUGUAACGCAAGAAACGAAUUCUUCUCAUCAUCAAUUUCUUCUACAGUUUUAAAUCUUCCAAAAUUCACAAUGCCUUAUAGCCAUUUUUUGAUCAUACUUCAGAGUUUAGAUUGUCUGGGUUUCUUUUUUUGGAACAAAGCCAUAUCCAAAAUUGGUCAACACAGGAAAUAAUACACUUUUCAUCUGUUUCCCCUCCUAAACAACUGAUUGUAAUUAAUGUGGGGAGGAACAAAUGUUAGAUGCACAAGGGAAAUCAGAUUUUGCAAAUUCACUAAGCUUUGUUUGGCAGUGCAAAAUGAGAAGGAGUACAUUUUAACAAAAUCACUGGAGAGAGUGGUUUUCAUGACUGUUUUACCUGUGUUUGCUUAUAAGAUUUGUAUUUAUUUUGUUCGCAUGGAUAAAAGCAUCCUUCAGGGUCUAAUUGAAGAGGGUGUUGCAGAAUGUGUGCAAUGCAUAUCACCCUGAAAUCUUUUAGAGCAAGUGAAAGCAAAGAUACACAGAUGGGGCAUACAGAAAAUCUGUGCUGUCUUGGUUUUUUUUUUUUUUUUUUUGUAAUUUUGAAUGUCUUUCUGUUGAACGAUUGACAGAUGUGGGCAUUAUAUAAAUGAAAAGCCCACUGAACUUUUUUUUUUUUUGCAUUUAAUAUUGUUUUUGAACAUGUAAACCUCUUUUGAAGCAAAUGUCUAGAUAUGUUUGACAGUCCAGCAAAAUUUACAUUUGCACAUGAAAUAGUUAGAAAUGACGAAACUAUUUGAAAACCCAAAUGUAAUUUGGACAGUGUUACUUUUCCUGCACUGCAUUAAUACACUGUAAUUAUGUUAAUCAUCACAAUGCACUUUGAAAAUGUUUCUAAAAAUCAUAAAUUUUAUGUUAGCAAAAUGUAUUUGUAAAAUGAACUGUGAAAUAAUUUCUUUUUCUGCAAAUGUCAUGUUUAUGACACACCAGCAAGAGCACAAACAAAGGAAUAUCUUUGGCUCUUUUAAUGAAACCAAAUGUUUAUAUUGUAGUAUUGCAUAAUGCUAGUUUAGUUAGUUAAAGUGUUGCUUCAUGGCAAUAAAGCACAAUAAAAACAGAACAAAAUAGAUGGGUACCUGAAUAAAUAAAAUAUAAAAAUUGCAGACCAA